CCUAUAUUUACCCGAGAUCUUGCUCCCGGACCGCAAGGAUGUGAGGCUGGCAAGCCGGUUACCGCUCGCAGCACGGGACGGGCGCGCCGCAAGGGCGGGCAGCAGACCUCGGGGACCUCGGGAGCGGAGUCGGACACCUCCGGAGGGAAGAAAUGAGGUAGCGACCGUCCCGGAGCCAACCAUGCGCGCGCCCCACCCUCGGCGCCCCGCGCUGCCCCGGCCGAGCCAGCCGGGACAGUGAGCCCGCCGAGCCUGAGUCCCCGCGUCGGGCCGGAGCGAAGAUGCAGUGAGCCACAGGCGGAGUGCUGCGCCGGGCCCGCCGCGGCCAGCCGGGGCAGCAUCUGACUGCACUCCCAGCAAGCCGCACAUUCUGGGACCAGCCCAGCCGAGGGGCUCUCGGGCUCCAACACCCCUUGGGGGCGGGGAGUCCUGGCCCCUGGGCACACGCUAUCGAGUUUCCGCGGUUUCUAGUCCCAGUCCUGGGGAGUGUGUGUUUGUGUGUGUGUGUGUGAGAGAGCGAGCGAGAGCGGUGGGCCUUUCCAGGUUCACCGAGGAGUUCCUGCAUAUUCUCGCCCCGUCCCGGCUGCUUUGGCUGGGGCACCCUCUGCGCGCGCGUAUCUCUUUUUAACGUUCCACUCUGAUUUCGUCUUUCUCUCAUUUUGUUUGCCUAAGACUCUUUGCCCUCGUCCUUGCCCUGGCUGGGGUAAAUCUGUGCGCGCUUUCCUCCUCCCCCCGCCCCCUCGCAGCUGAAUAUUUUCGUCUCUUUUAAAAUUUGUACCCGUACCCCCUUCGGCGGGGUCCCUGAGCACGAUACUCCCUAACCCCCUCUCUACCACUGGGCCACUCCCAGCAGAGUUUUAUUUUUCUGCCUUGCCCGGGCCGAGCCCGGCCGGGGCGGGUGGCUCAGCGGGUCUUGUACCCCGCGCUCCGCCGCCGCCGCCCAGCUGCGCGGGGGCGCCCUCCGGAGAUGCUGCCGUGGAAGAAGCACAAGUUCGAGCUGCUGGCCGAGGCGCCGCCACGGCAGGCGUCCAAGCCCAAGGGCUACGCGGUGAGCCUGCACUACUCGGCGCUCAGCUCGCUGGCGCGGGCGUGCCCCGAAGGCGCGCUCAGCCGGGUGGGCAGCAUGUUCCGCUCCAAGCGCAAGAAGCUGCACAUCACCAGCGAGGACCCCACGUACACCGUGCUCUACUUGGGCAAUGCCACCACCAUCCAGGCGCGCGGCGACGGCUGCACUGACCUAGCGGUGGGCAAGAUCUGGAGCAAGAGCGAGGCGGGUCGUCAGGGCACCAAGAUGAAGCUGACUGUGAGUGCGCAGGGUAUCCGCAUGGUGCACGCCGAGGAGCGCGCGCUGCGCCGCCCGGGCCACCUCUACCUGCUGCACCGCGUUACCUAUUGCGUGGCAGACGCGCGGCUGCCCAAGGUCUUCGCCUGGGUAUACCGGCACGAGCUCAAGCACAAGGCGGUAAUGCUGCGCUGCCACGCGGUGCUGGUGUCCAAGCCCGAGAAAGCGCAGGCCAUGGCCCUGCUGCUGUACCAGACGUCGGCCAACGCACUGGCGGAAUUUAAACGGCUCAAGCGGAGGGACGAUGCGCGUCACCAGCAGCAGGAGCUGGUGGGCGCGCACACCAUCCCGCUAGUGCCGCUGCGCAAGCUGCUCCUGCACGGACCCUGCUGCUACAAGCCACCGGUGGAACGCAGCCGCAGCGCGCCCAAGCUGGGCUCCAUCACCGAGGACUUGCUCGGCGAACAGCAGGAGCAGGAGCUGCAGGAGGAAGAGGAAGAGGAGCACACGGAGGGCUGCCUGGAGGAAGAGGAGGAGGAGGAGGAGGAGGAGGAGGAGGAGGAGGACGGUGCUGAGGACGGACACCCGGCAGUUGAAGAGGCCAAGGCGCAGCGGGCGCUGGUGGUGGCUAUGCACUUGGAAUGCGGGGACUUGCUGGACACGCUGGAGAGUGGCCGCGAGGAGGCGCUAGGGGGCGGCGGGGUCUCCCUGGGCCCUGGGGCUGGGCCGUCGCCUCUGCUGCUGGGCAGCGCCUCCGACAUGAAGGCCGAGCUGUCCCAGCUUAUUAACGACCUGGGAGAGCUCAGCUUCGGCAACGACGUGCGCAGCCUGCAGGCCGACCUGCGGGUGACGCGCCUGCUGUCCGGCGAGAGCACCGGCAGCGAGAGCUCCAUCGAAGGCGGGGGCCCGGACGCCACCUCUGCCACCGCCGGGGACCGGUCGGGCCCUACUGACGGCGCCAACCCAGAGGAGCCCCACUCGGGUUGAGACCUCAGCAGCCCCCUGCGCGCGCCCCUGGCGCCCCAACGUGACUCCCCACCCGUCUUUUGGACACCCCCCUUCUCCUGCCUUCCCCGCCCGCCCCCAGGAAAGGGGAAAGGGGACACUUGAGGCCCAGAGUUACCCUGGCCCUCUCCUGCAGCACAUUUGGCUCUGUUAGAAGCGGGGCUCAGGUUGCGCGUGGAGAUGUGCGAGGGGGCAAAGGGCACGGAGGGAGAGAGAGGCAGGGCCCUGGGGGCCGGG